AUGGAGCGGGCCAACGAGCUGCGUGCCCUAAGCGCUCCGGCCCCUCGACCAUUGCCAGAUGGUGCACGCGGCAGCUCGGCCUCCAUCUCGUCCAAGACAGCUCCGUUACGCUCGUCGGCAACUCCAGGACCGUCCUUUCGUGCCCGCUCUGCAUCGGCCCCGAGAUCGCGCAACACUACCCCAGCGUUCAACUCGGAACAGCUACACCUGAAGCGUCUGGCGUCCAGUGUCAAGCUCCGUAGCACCUUUGACCUGAUUGCGGACAAGUACGGCUCAAUCCCACCAGAAGAGGACGACGAGAUUGACCUUGUGACUGGCGAGAUUGUGCUAGACCGUGGACGUCUCCGUCUACUCGAGCCUCGAGAGUUUGCGGACCCUCUCCCCGGAGAAGACGAUGCAGAUGUCGAGUUUGCGGACGACCCUCCGCCUGGAGGUAUGUCUCUGGGCCCCGAGAUGGUCAUGUUUGGCGAGGAUGAGGACGAACUGGGCGACUGGGACAACCGCUCUGGUCUCGACAUACAGGUGCCCACCGAGGUCAUUCAGCAGCCUAGAACUCAGGUGGACAUUGACGACCUGAAGGAGUUCCUCGAGGCCAAUGCCGUGUUGCUCGCCAACAGCUGCGCGGGUGAAGACGACGUAUCUGCGACUCCAUCACCCGAGAGCUCCCCUGGUGUUCGUCUUCAGGACCUCAACCUGAGCGACGAUGAGCUCGCUGCAGACGAUGAAGACGCCCAAGAAGCACGCCGCGUGACCCCCGCCCCGCGCAGCCUUCCCUCGAGCACCACCAAGCGUCUCCCCCAGACUUCCCUCGCCGCUUCCACCACCCAUCGUUCCUCUCCUCCACAUCCUAACACCUCCCAACGUGUUCUCACUACUUCCCAGUCGCUCCCCAACCUCCGUUCGGCUAUACGUCAGCCCAAGCAAGUCCGCGACGACCUGUUCGGGACCCCGCCUCGCGACAUUGGUCCCUCACGAUGGGACCUCACGGCUCCCCGCGUCCGCUUUGCCGACGAUGCCAUUAUUGUCCCUGGGGAUGGCACACCUGCUCGUGUGGCCAAGAUCCGAGGUGCCAAGAAACGCACUGUGACUAUCCCCGUGUCGCCAACAAGGAGGCUGGACAAGGGCAAGCAGCGCAUGCUGGGCGAGAGACCCACGGACGUCUUUGGUGGCGUGUUGGAACGGCCCGCUGGUCUCAACACGUCCAAGGCUCUGCAAGCCGUCAUGUCCAAGCGCCCUAAACGAGGACUGGAUACUCCUUAUGACCCGGACGUACGGGCCGGCUCUGAGGAGGUGGCCUCGGACUCGUCGACUCCUGACGCCUUGGAUUUGGACUUUUCGAGCGCAGUACAAGACUUUGACGACCAACAGCCUCCUUCCAUUCCUCCUUCGUCAUCACCCCUGACACUACGAUACGAGGUUGUCACCAAGAAGGAUCGACAGGCAGACACGAGCUUGCAGUCAAUACACUGGUGGAAUUCCUCGCCAGAGCAAUCUCUCCGCUCAUCCUCGCCCGUGUUCGUUGACCACUCGUCUCCACCCCAGUCUCCUGGACGGUCGCCGCCGACAACGCGGCUGUUGUUGUCUCCGUCUCCGUCUCCUCCGAGGACAUCACAGCGCCGGCAACCUCGUGCCAUUACUAUUUCCGCGUCGACGACACCUGGGACUCGCUCGCUGCGAUCCCAGACCCGCGCUCCUGCCACUGUUGUCACAGAGAGACAUUGGACUGAGAAGGUCACCCCGCCUCCAAAGGGCCCAGCCCCACGGCCCAAGACGCAACCACCAAAGCGAGCACAACCCCUCCCAGAUGACUGGCUUCCCGAUCCCGAUGAUCCUCGCUAUUAUCCUCGUCUGCACUUUGUCCGCGGCGGCGGUAUCCAACACUGUAAACUGUGUCGUGCAGAUGGUGGAUUACGGGAAGAACGAUCCAAGUACUGCAAGGGACGGUUCCGUCCGUCCGCUUGUAUGUUUGAGGAGACUGCGUCUGACGAUGCGGAUGAUGAUUCCUCGGUGCGGGCCUCUUCGGUGACGCUCAGCGCCUCGGUUGUCCGACAACACUCGGCAAGCCCCCCUUCGCUAUCUCCUCAAUCACCACCGCCUUCCUCGCGCCGAUCCUCCAUCGCACCAUCGUCGCCAACUCAGCUUAUUCGUCGCCUCCGCUCAACUGUGUCCUCCCUUAACACUACGCCCCAGGACUGCAGCUCGAGCAAGUUCAGCACCGCGUCGACCCAUUCCAAAUCGCGUCGCCUGCGGCGUUGCCUUGCGUGUGUCGAUGCUGGUGGUGAGCGUCAGGCCAAUGCCCAUUUCUGCCGUGGAAGAACACGACAGCACAUGUGUGACCCUGGCGCAGCUAGGGAAGCAAGUGUGCUCGCAUCCAAGGCAUCCGAGGCCCCGUCCGACUUGGGCUCGCCUGUUGCCGACGAGCAGCGGUUUGAGGUGCCGCAGCUGCCCCAAGACGACGACAGCGGUUCCGAGUCUGACGACGAACAGCCUGACAUUCAGCCAUUUGUUCUCCCGCAGAUCGAGAACGACGUGGCGGACUAUUUGGAUCUCGCGGCUGCAGACUCUGGUGAAGAGAGCGACGUGGCGGAGCCAUUCGAACCAACCGCUGCAGACUACGAUGACGUCGAGGACGAACGCGAGGCCCGCCCAGUGAUUCUCGAGCAAGACUAUUCCGACGACGAGUCUUACCACUCGGCUACCGAAGGAUCGGAUAGCGAGUCAGAGGCUUCUAGCGAGGACUUGGAGGAGGUUCUUGACGCCUUGGUCGACCCCUCGGAUUCGGACGUGAGCGAGUAUAGUCCUGCAAGAGGAGUGGCCUUGGAAUCUGAAGACGACGACGGCGACGACGAGUCGGUUGGCAGCGAUAGCAACAGCGUCACGAUAAAGGUGCCCACCUCGCCAUGGAAUGCCAGCUCCCUCGCACCGUUUGAUCACCAACAGUUCAUUGUCGAGCACGACUCGGAGGCUGUGGCCAACUAUACUUCUCCGCCAGACGAUGACGACCGUUACUCGACCUACCUACGUUUCCGCGCCGACGGUGAAGGCGUGCACAUGUGCGACCUAUGCCUGGAGGAGGGUGGCGACCGAGCAGAGCUUGCCAUCGCCCCUCCCUCUCCCAGCGUGUACUCGGACGCAGGUGCCAGCUUCAUGGGCCCGAGGUCACGUCGCGAGCGCGCGAGCUCAUCCCUCAUGGACGACGUGCGCGACAUGUUUUCGCCUGGUGCACCUUCCUCGCCAGGGCCCGUUGACAUUGACAUGAGCUCGCCGACGGCAUACCGCUCGCCAGCCGUUUUCGAAUCGUCACCCGUCCUUGGGGCGCCACGCUCGGAGCUGAGUUCAUUCUUCUCAUCGCCCCCAUACCAGCAGACGACCUUGGACGGGUCGCUACCUGGCUCAUCUCCCCUGGCCGACCGGUUUGCAGCCGCCACACGGCUGCGCCCAGCGCCCGCACGCGCGCAGACAAUGAACCCGACUCCGCCUCGCUCCUCGUCUGCGGGGACGGACGCGUCGCCUCCGCGCGUACGCGCCGUCACCAUUGCCGCUGGCCGUAUGACUCCACCGUCCUCGCAGACCCCCGAGGUGGUUAAGAGUGCGCCAACGGCGAAGCAGACGAGGCCGACCACCACAAGCAAGAUGAACGUUCCGUCGUUGCCAUCUCCGAUCUCUGAAGUCCCAAGCUCGGACGCUGCUCAGCAACCCGACUCGGACGAGAUCCCCAACUCGCCGUCCCCCAACCCCUGCCGCACAUUGCCUCAUGAGCCGUUCUCGGCUGAGAUAACCAUGCGCGCCGCCGAUGUGGGCUUUGCGCUCGGUCCAGCUCCAACUGGCCGCCUAAGCACGGCAAUGCUCAGCGCGCUUGCUCCUGCUUUGGGCCAAGGACAAGCUUCUCCUCCCAGCGAGCCGACGCUGGCCCAGGCCGUGAACGGGGCCUUCACCCUCCCAGCUCCUCCGUGCCCCACCAGGCCCGCCGAGACCGUCUCUGCGCCCUCGCGGAUACAGGCUGGCAGCAGCUCGAGUCCGUCUACAUCCCUGGGUCUCAUGCUCCCGCCGCCAGUCCCGACUCGUCGCGCGGCGCCGCCUGCCCCAUCCUCCACCAACUCGACACCGCGUAAACGCCGUGCAAGCACGUAUGCCGAUGACGACGAGUACGACGAGCCCGCCCCCAUGAAAUUCACCACGACGGUCAAGGUGCCCAGACAACCGCCGGUGCGGUCGCGCUCGCGGUCGGUGUCCGUCUCCUCGCGCACCGUGACCGGCACGCCGAGCCGUGCGCGCGUCUACUCGCGCACAACUCCGGCAAGCACCCCGCGCAAGAAGAGCCGUACGGAGCGACACCUCGAGUACAUUGCGGCCAGCAUGGACGAUGACGAGGGCCUGGAAUGGGGUUUGGACGAGGAAGUGGGCGAUGACGCGCGGGUGUGGCGAGAGGGCAGCGUCGUGGUGCCGUUUGUGUAA